CUUUUUUCUGCCUGAAUACUGAGAUGCCAAGGAUAAUGAGGAACCCAGGCUUGGGCGUGGACCAGUGCAAUGUCCCUUCUCACUGUGGUAGGGAAAAGUGACACUUGGCUGUAAUGGAGAACUUGGAUUGUGCAAAAGGGAGGUAUCAAUAAAAUAAAAAGUAAAACAAAGGAAAAAAUACAUUUUUCAUAGUGCACGUUCCUUUAGGAAAAGCAUCAGAGCAUUUUUCACUCAAAUCUAGCAUCCUGACACUGAUUAACCUGGUGGGGGAUGCAGGUGCAGUGUGCAACGUGGUGUUCCUCCCAUAAACACGGGAAAGGGAAAGCCAGCAGCAGAGCUGGUGUGGGAUCUCCUCCAGGUUGUCCAGACAGGCUGAGUGCCCUCGUGUCAGGGAGAUUCUUCAAACCUGGGGGAAGUUUGUGCAGGAGAUUACGAGACAGACCAGCACAGACAGCUCCUGGCAGUGCUGCAGUGCAGGAAAAUGGAGCCACCCCCUCCUGCCCAGGAGCGCAGCGGUGAAAUCACCAGAGGGAUUUAUUUGCUGGAAAAGGUCAUGUCGGUUCUUCCAGAUCUUCACCUGUGCUAUGUGCAGGCCUGUCAAGAUUUGAGCCAGCCUGAAAACCCCUUCAUUGCUCGUGUGCUUCAAGAAGCUGAUAAAAAUGAAGAAAUAAGUACAAAAGGAAUUACAUUAAAAUUAGCUGGAAAUAAUCAUCUGGUGCCUGUGCCGAGAGUUACAGAUGAUGAUCUUGGAGUUCUUGUCUCUGUCUUAGGCCAAGCUGCCUUUGUCACAGGUUUGGAUCUUGCCUAUAAUUUAUUGACUGAUGCUGGAGCAAAGACCAUGGCAACAUUCCUCCAGGAAAACUCCUCUCUGCAGUAUCUGAACUUGAUGUUCAAUGACAUUGGCACAAGUGGGGCAGAGCUGAUAGCAGGAGCACUCCAUAGCAAUCAAAGUCUUGUGCACCUGAGAAUGACUGGAAACAAAAUAAGAAACCAAGGUGGGAUGUUCUUUGCCUCAAUGUUAAAAAUUAACUCAACCUUAGAGAAGUUGGAUCUUGGAGACUGUGAUGUGGGCCUGCAGUGUCUGGUAGCAACAGCCAUAGCUCUGACUCAGAACAAAUCACUCAAAGCCAUAAACCUAAAUCGUCCUUUGCUAUCCAGCCAACAGGAAGAGACCACAGUUCAUAUAGCUCGGAUGUUGAGGAGUAAUUCUUCUCUUGUGGAACUACAUUUGGGCAAGCAUGAAAUGAAAAACUUUGGUGUAGAGCGACUGUGUGAUGCCCUGUAUGAAAACUCCAGCCUGAGAUACCUUGACCUUAGCUGUAAUAACAUAAUCUGUGAUGGUGUGAAAUUUUUGGGAGAGCUACUAAAAAGGAACCAGACCCUGGAGAUCCUGGAUCUCGGUGCAAACCGAAUAGAAGACGUUGGAGCCAUUUACCUGAGUGAGGCCUUGGCAACGCGGAACAGGACUCUGAAGGCGUUGUCUGUUGUAAGCAACAAUAUAACUGACAAAGGACUUGUAGCUCUUGCACAGGCAAUGCAUUCCAACAUGACACUUUCCCAUAUUUACAUCUGGGGGAACAAACUUGAUAGAAGCACCUGUGUGGCGAUCUCGGAGCUGAUCGCGGUGGGCCGGCUGCAGCUGGAGUGCACAGACGUGGCUCCCUACGAGGUGGACGGGCAGGUUCUCCUGGCAGAGCUGUCCCACGGGCUGGCCAGGCACCGCUACUGGAGCCCGCGCUCCGCCGCCGUGGCGCCCGGCGCCGCCAACGCCAGCCUGGAAAUCCUCGCGGGCUCGGAGUAUUUGUGAGCAAGGCUGCACCCCGGGGCCCUCCCCGAGCCUCAGCUUUCCCUACCUGGUUGUUAGUAAAAUAGGUUAUGUCAGUAUCGCUGCCUGUUGUUUCUCUGGGGUUUGAGUCUAGGAGGAAUUUACACCUGCUUGAAAUGGCAACAGAGAGAAAGUAUCAAGCAAAUGACCUCAAACUUUGUUGCUAAAUCAUGCUCCAUCUAUUAAAAGUCUGUAACUAUGAAAAGGUUUGUAGCCAGGCAGAGCACACUGACAAAAGCAACACCCAGGACUGCUGCUGGGCCGCAGAUCAGGUGUCCUGCAGAGUCAGAUUCCUGCUGGAGCUGAGAGCUUUGGGUAAAUCCAUUUGUUGGCACUGUUCUCCAUGAACUCUUUCCUUUUCCUUAGCAAUUGCAUCCUUUUGAUCUUCCAGUAGUGACUUUUUUUAAACCAAGGUAAGUGAACUUUAGCAUUAACCCACAACCAUGCUAGAAUUUAAAGCUGGUGAACCCAGUUUGCUGGGAUAUACAUGGAAUUUUGCUUAAAUUGUAGCACGUACUUGUUUCUCAUACUACAAAUAGAAACCACCAAAUCUGAUGCCAUCAUUUCUUCUCAUCUCAUGAAAACUGCCUAAAAACAUUUGUAUCAUUGUAGCCCUGUGGCAAUUCCUACGCAUGAGUAAGACAACAUAUGCAUGUAUUGGUAAACAUUGUGCAAUGGUUUGGACAGACUUUGCAUAAGUGCUCAUUCCUGCAGAAGUGACUUAGUUUAUGUUCCUAAACAGAAAAAGUCAACUAGCAGGACAGCAGAAGUUUGCUCCAAUCCUUUCAAAAUGCAGUCCUCUGCCCCUCUAAAUGUACCUGUUAAAUAUUAGCAUAAAGUACCAGAAUGAUCUGUGACUGUAUGUACACUAUCAAAGCAUAAGGGGGAAAAAAUCUAAGAAAGUAAUUUCAGUACAAACAGCUGGGAAGCAGCAGUGUAACUGCUGCUGCUCUGACUCUGCAUUAUCUCUGUGGUAGUGUAGGAACAGGAAGGCAUUUGGACACCUCUUCCCCAGCUGAAAUGACCAGGGCAGUUGUGAGAGCUGGUGUAGGUGGAGGUUUGUUGUUGUUUGGUUGGUUUGUUGUUUUUGUUUUCAAUGCCCCCACUCCCAAACACAAAUUACUCAGGCUCUUGCUCCAAGAGCUCCUGGUAUCCUCAGGGAUAAGCCCAGAGCAGGAAUGUUUGUUCUGCACACCUGCACAGGGCCCUCCCAGCCUGCAGCCACUGUGCUGAGCACAAAGUCCAUACAUCACCCUGUGAACACCCAGCUCUAGAGAGGAGCUUGAAUUUUAACUCUUGUUCAGCAGCAAGGAUGCAGCAACAAGAACUAAAGUUGGGGAUACACCAAACUUGAUGGUUUGAGAAGAAUCUGCUAUGAGCAGAUUUUUCCUAAAUUCCUAAAAUAAUUCCAAAUUCCUAAAUUUUGAAAUAAUUAGAUAAGCCUGUGUUGGUACUUUUCUGAGUGCUGCUGCUCUGGAUCGUUGCAAGUGCCACUCUGAUAGUGUCAGUACUGACACACUGAUGACAGAAUUUCUUGCUAUAAAUACCACUACAAGACUCAGGCAGGUAUUUUUUUUCCAUUAUCUUUCUUUUCCUUGUCAGAUAGAUGAAGUUCAGUCUAAUUUCACUGCUCAAAUUAGGUCUUAAUUUACUUUUGGGAAUGACAUCUGUUAAUCUGAGGUGGUAACAGGUACCCAACUCUACCAACAGCAGUAUUUUGGUUUUAGUGAUGUGAUGACAUGGCAACAAUAUUACAGUCAAAAUAUAUCAGGUAAAAUGGCAUCUAAAAGUGCUGGUGUAUGUGUUUGAAGUAUUUGCACUCUAUCUGAACCCUUGUUUAACAGCAGCUUGUUCAGCCCAUAAAGCCCUCUUCAUUACUGACAACAUCCAUAAAAACAACUCAUGUUUUACAGUUUUCUUUGAUAUUCCUUUGUAAGAAAGGGCUGCAGAGUAAUUCCUACCAAAUUCUGUAUAAACAGCUUCCUGGAAACUAAAACAAUUACUUGUGCAAAACCUGUAUUGCUUAAAGAAGCCUGUGCCAGAGACUUACUUCUUCCUUCCUCUGACCUUGAAAUUCUUAGAAGAUGUAUCUUGUGUUCUUUGGAAUGACUGAAUUUACAUGGGCUAAAUUCUUUUUGCCAUGUUCUUCUGAGUUAUUCAAAGGCUAAAGCAAGAACAACCCUGCUCUGAAAUCCAUUUUUUUAGCUUUUAGACCUCACAGUACCUUGCUGAAAGGCAGCAUUUUCUCCCCAGUUUUAGAGGGGAGGCAAAUGAAGGUAAGUGACUGAUCCAGCAGGGCAGGGGUGCUGCAGAGGUUCCCCCAAAUCCUACUGUGUGCUCCAGGGCCCCCCAUGGUCCUCGUGCAGGGUGGUGCCAGGGGUUGUGUCUGACUGGUUCCCUCCUGCUUUUGGUGCUACCCCUUGCAGUUAUAAACAGGAGACACAAGGUGAGGGAAAAUUAUAAAACAAGUUUAUUAAAGUCUAACAUAAAACACUUCAGGCUAAAUAUGUACAACUCCCUCCCUUCCCAGGGGAUUAUAAAAUUGAGAGUUGAGGUAUAUACAAAUAAAAGAGGAAAAAUUGUAUAUACAUGGCAGAUGCUUUAAAAAUAAUUUAACCAAAAAAAUCAGUUACUAUUCCUUAUCUGAACUUAGUUCUGCAAGGCUUAUUGAGCCUCUCUGGGAUCACAGCCCUGAAAUCCUUCAUGUGGGACUUGUCUGUACUUGAAAAUUGUUUUGUAGCAUGUGAUUUCAGAAAGGUUGUCAUGCUUUGUGCCUACUUGGGGCACUAAUUUAGAAGUAAAUGUGAUACAAGGAGCUAUUUAUUCUCACCUAAGUACUUCCAAACAGUCAAUUCAGAGAUUCAGAGAUGCAGAUAAGCUAUUCAGGCAAAACUUGCACCAACUUCAGUGCAAAAUUGACUGAAACAGCAGUAACAAAACAUGUCAUAUUCUUUGUAUUACUCUUCAUAGAAUUAUUGAAAUUACUUCUUUUCUUUUACAAGGACACAUGCCUAAGAUUCCAUGCUCUCCCAUAUUAAUCCCUUACAGAAAUUACCAAUACUGUUAUAAGCCUUGUACUUCAAAAUGAACCCAGAGCCCUUAAGCCUAGGACUUACAUGUGCAGCUGAUUUCCAUGCAUCUAUUGGCAAAGGGUACAGGUGUAGGUUCAGACCUACAGCCUGAACACACCUACAAAUAUAUAUAUAUAUAUAUUUAUAUAUAUUUAUUUAAAAUCUAUAUUCUAGUAAAUGAAUACAGUUGGUAGAGAUCAUACCUCAGCAGCUGAGAUAUCUUCACGAAAGAUGAGACUAAAAAUCAAGAUUUUCAGAUGGGGACUCAAGAGUGCAGGUCACUAAAUUAUUGCUCCAAGACAAAACUACAAGCCUGUGUAUUCUAUUAAGAAAGGUUAAAAUUGUUGUCUUGUAAAAAAUAAUGAAUAUCUUCUUGUCUAUAAAGAAAACUAAAUGACUAAUAAAGCAACUGUUACUGUUAUAAGUAUCUAAACAAAUCCUGUAUAAAUCUAAGCACUGUAUUUUUUAAAAAAGUCUGAAAUCUAAGAAUACAGUAAUAAGCUAUAAUUUUAGAAAUAUAAAACCAGUCCAAACAAACACUGUUGUGGAAUGCAUUUUCUAUGUAGGAAUGUAGUUAUUGUUUAGGUUUCUCUCCAGAGCUAAUCUCUCUCCUGGUCAUUUAUCCUGGAUGUUUAUCCUGAGCUGCUUUUCCUCAGGUACCAGCAGCAUAUCAUUAAUUUGUCUUCCAAAGCUGUUUAAAUAUGCAAGUUAUCAGUUGUACAGCAUUUUCUUUCUCAGUAUUCAUGACUAAACCUACGUCUAUCCCAAGAUUUCUGCUGUACUUUCAGAGAGAGACAGCAAAGAGGAAGCUUAGUACAAGCUACACACAGUCAAGAUCCUGAUUUUGUGGUUCUUCAGUCUUAAAAGGCUGAGGAAUCCCUCAGGGGCUACACCAACAACAGAAGCUGAAAGAGACAAGAGGGGAGACAAAGGGAAACGCCAAAAAUAAAAUACCAGAGAACUUUAUCCUUUGUCUUUUGCCAGCAUUAUGAACAUCAGCUGUUUACAAGCACUGUGGGACAGACAAGCAGGGAAAUUAAAGGCCCUGCAAUAACUGUCUCCAGUGGGGACAGCGUGAGAGAUUCCUGAAUUAGGGAUGUUCCUGUUGGACAUGGCUGUACUCCUGCUGGCCAUGGUAGGCUUCAUCAGCAAAUCUACUAUAUAUUAAAGCAUAAAAUGUGACCAAGCAGCAGGUUAUAGACAUGCCCCUAAAAUGAUCAACACAAAACAGCAGAAGGUCUAUUACUUUACAAAUACAAACAUGGAGGAAGAGAAAAAAAAAUGACAGUCACACUCAGGAGUCAAGGGACAAUUUUCAGACUCUUUAAAUGAAAUCCUUCAAGAAAUUUUUCACAAGUCUGUUUAAUUAAGGUGCAGAUUAAUUAUUACUCCAUGUAGAACGGAAUCAGUUCAGAGGUAUCUUCUACGCUCUUCUAUUUAUCAGCGUCUGGACACAAGGCAUCGGUGGAAAUAAAUGCUAGCACCAAGUAAAUAACCAACAAAGGACAGCUUUAAAUGCAUUGUUGGUACAGUAUCAUGACUGUUUCAUUACUGUUUGAAGAUUACAUAAAUAAUGCUUACAACUGUUAAUGGCACAAACUGGAAAAACGGAGUAGAAAAGUACUUCUAAUGUCACCUAGCUUUUUACGACCUUACCAAGACAUUAAAAUGUUGCUUUUUAAAUAUGUCUGUUGCUAGUAUCAAAGCCUGUCUUUACCUGGGCCUUGCUAGGUACUAGUUUUGUCCAGUUACUGUGGACAAGUGACAUGAGAGGUAAAGCAAUACCAAAAAUUCAAUUAAAACAAAUCAGUAAAACUCUAACAAAACCUUUCCUGGAAGAAUAUCAAUCUGCUCUGUUGUAUUAUUCUUUAAUACCUCCUCAUGUAGUGUUCACUUCUUAUUUUCACAGUGAAGGGCCGGAUUUAUCUCCUCUUUUGUACCUCCUGUCUAGCACAAGAAGCAGCACUACAGCAAAAAAAAAGGAUUAUGAAGCUCUGAUUCAUGCCUCACUAAUUAACUCACUGCAUCUUUUCGCCUCAUCUACAACAUGCAUGUCCCAAUUCUCCUUUUGUUGCUAUUUGUGCCAAACCCAUGUGUUUUAAGGAUGUGAAAAAUAAAUCUGGGACAGGAUACAACAAUGUUGGAUUCACUUCUAGCAAACAAACAAAGGCAAUUUGUUGGAAAGAAGACCCAGGAGUAUCUAUGUCAUUAGGACCCUCCCACUUGCCACA